CGACGCGCUUCCGGCCGCUGCGGGCAAAACACGGAGCGAAGAAAGUGAGUGAGGGACGGCGGCGAUGGAGGCGAUGGACAGCGAGAACAUGGACCCCCUUCAGUGGGACACCAAGCUCAGUGAGCUGAAUCUCUCAGCUGGAAACUGCGAGGUUUUUUAUGCGACGCACUUCACGGAGAUGUUGGAUGAGUAUUCCAAGGAUAUGCUGGGCCAUCUUUUCAACGAUCCUUUCCUCUCUGAUAAAAAUGAGCUGAUGGAUGCAGAGCUCUCACCUGCUCCACAUAUUCAGGCUGAACACAGCUACUCCUUGGCGGGUGACUCCCGACCGCAGUCUCCACUCACACAGCUCUCAACUGAAGAUGACUUCAGUGAAGAUAUGGAGUGUGAAUCCUGGUCAGUGAGAUCUGAUCUAAAGCCAAUCACACUGAAGCACGAAGCUCUCCUCUGUGAUAAUAAUUGUCUUGCACCUUCUGUUACCUUAACAACUGCAGCAAUCUCCACAGUCAUGGAUAUUGCACUUGACACAUACAAGGUGGAGGUAACCUCUGUGAAUGAAUCUGACCUUGAUGCAGUUUCCAAUGUACAGACUACCAGCGGUACACAGAAGGUUCUUCCAAAGAUUAAGUUGGAACCGCAUGAGGUGGAUCAGUUCCUCAAUUUGUCUCCAAAGGAAGAUAUAGUGCAACUGCCACCAACCCCACCAAGCAGCCAUGGCAGUGACUGUGAGGGUGGACAAAGCCCAAUACGUUCUGUUCAGUCACCAGACCCUGUCGAGCCACAGCCCACUGGAAAAAUCAUAACACGUGCACCAUCUGCUUUGUCCAGCUCCCCUCUUCUCACUGCACCACAUAAACUGCAAGGAUCAUCAGGACCUUUGCUUCUGACAGAAGAAGAAAAACGUACACUGAUUGCUGAAGGAUACCCAGUUCCUGUCAAGCUACCACUCACAAAGGCAGAAGAGAAAGCACUCAAGAAAAUACGGAGAAAAAUUAAGAACAAGAUUUCCGCUCAAGAGAGCAGAAGGAAGAAGAAAGAAUACAUGGAUACGCUGGAGAAAAAGGUAGAAUCCUGUUCAAAUGAAAACAGUAAACUCCGUAAAAAGGUGGAAAAUCUGGAAAAGGCAAACAGGUCCUUGCUCCAGCAGCUGCAAGGUCUCCAGGUUCUGGUAGCGGGGAAGGUGCCCAGAUCCUGCAAGAUGGCCAGUACACAAACCAGCACAUGUCUGAUGAUUGUGGUGCUGUGUUUUGCCAUCGCAUUGGGAGGUAUGAGUAACAAAUUCGACCCAUUCUCAUCUUCUGUGACAAAAUCGGUUGUGCCCAUUCAAGAUUCCACACAAGAAUCUUAUGCAGCCACUGUUCGCUCAAGACAUUUAUUAUUUUAUGAGGAGCGCCCUGGCUUUGAAGACGAGAUCAGUUCUGUGAUGUCGACAGAUGCCUGGGAGAAAUUAGCUGAAUCUGUUCGAGAAAGAACGCGACUGGCACAGUUCCUCACAGUCAGAGGCUCAGCACAGAAGCAGCAGGCACAGGAAGCAGUUGCACACACAGUGCAGCCAGCAGAAGAAUAUAUAAUAGCAAAUGAAACAAGAACUGAAAAUUCAGUCCUGAUAGAGCUCCAGUCACAACGGGGCCUUCCCAGUCUAGGGAUUAAUGGAACUGCUGUGGAAAUUGACAGAAGAGUCAACACAACCUCAUAAAAACUAUAAGGUGGUUUUAAUCCUGAUGUACAACGAAAGCAGUCCCUUUUUUAUAAAACCCAACUCAGACUGCCAGUCAAACUUCCAGGAGAAGAUCAGAUACAUACUGCAUUAUUUCCUGUAAAACAAUGUAAGCUUGUUUAUUAAUUUAUAUAAAUUAAUAUCUAUACGUAUUGGAAAUUUGAGUCAUAAAAUAUAGCUUUUCUGCAUUGGAAAAUCUUUAUCGCGCAGUGGGUGCAACAAGCUAUUUACUUAAGCAUACAAAGGUAUGGAUCCAACUCUUGCUUAAGAUUUCAGCGUUCAGAACCAGCAGAAGAGAUUAGUUUGAGUUUCAGUGAAUUGAUAGAAAUGCACUGUCCCCUUUUGUUCUCCCUGAAGAGAGGGAGAGCUAAGAAUUUCAGUGAGCUCUUAAAAGGACUGAAAAAUCCAAUAAGCAAGUCUUAUUUCUUGAAACUUGUUUUAUCUCUCAACUUUUUCUAGUCCUGCUGUAUGAUCAUUGGCCUAAAGAUUUCCCUCUCUACUGCUGCUGGCUGGCCUGCUGUCUUUUGGGCUUUUAUUUUUACAGAUCACUACCAUCCACACUAGUUUGAUUUUUAUCUAAUUUGCUCUAUAUUUAUUCUUUUGUGUAAAUUAAAAUGUCUAUCAUUCCAUAAAAGUAGAAUUGUUUAGGAUAUUAGCCUUUCAACUGAAGGCUCUUGCUUGUCCUGACAGAGGACGUCAGGCAUCACCUCCUUCCUCUACUUAUUAUGUCACUUCACAGAGGCCAAUGAUCUUAUCCAUCAAGUUACCAGGUUUACUCUUACUAUUUGUAUCCUAUCUCUCACAUAAAACGUAGGCCUCAAUUAGCAACUGGGAGAAAUAUUAUCCCUACUAAUUAUGUCCCUGUCCAGAACUAUUGAAGUUUUUGUCUAAAUUAAUUCACUCAUCAGGAGCAACAUUAUUAAUAACAUUAGCUGUUAUAUUCUCCAUAUUUGGAGAAGGGCUAAUGAACCUAUUAGAGGUUGCCUCAACUUCACCUUUUUAUAAAAUUGAUUCUACAUUGCCUUGCUGCAAUGUUGGGCGCCCAUUGUCUUUCACGGGUGGCAAUGUUUUAAGUGACCUGUAUUAGUUUUGUUGCUAUGUAGCUUUAGCGUCCUUUUGGAUUUUAGCAAAUUUUUUUUUACCAAGUUUUGCAUUUUUUUUUUUUUUAAGUAAAGAUCUGAAAA